AGGAAGCAAAUGCUUAUGUGACAUAAUGUGACAGAGUUAAAGUGCUGCAUCACUUCUGUUUGUCAUCAAACAAAUCUGAACAAAUAUAAUCUCUGGCUACGAGAUGUGAGGCCGUGGAAGUCAAGCAAACGCAUUCUACUUUAUUCAGCCUGCUCCUGUCGGGAGCUAACGCUAGCUAGCAGCUGACUGCAGACAUCCAAUGAAUCGGUUUCUGUCCCGUCUGUGCUUAAAGUCUAGACUGAAGCAUCUGCUGCUUGAUGUAGCUGGGUGGGACAGUGUUAAUGUUUUACUUUAUGUUAGUGGUGCCGGGUUUUUAUUAUUCCUGCUCAAUGGUUUUGCACAUGUAGCUAAUAAAUAUGUCACACUGUAGAAGUUUUGCAUCGCAGUAAAGGACAGGACGAGCGGCGGUGACACACAGGGGAUCAGAGCUCACCUAAAACCUCACGCUGGAGGCGGAGGAAGUGCUGGGUGUCGCCUGAGCAUAGCGCUUACAUGUACAGCAGUCUCGGCCGAGGGUAACGCUGUGUGUUCGAGGACUGUACGCUGCCAUGUCGGAGUUUCUGCUGAGUCUUCUCGGGGAGCGGCUCGUCAACAGCGAGAAAGCCGAGGUGGACGUGCAGUCGCUGGGCGCCAGGCUCUCCCUGGUCGGGCUCUUCUUCGGAUGCAGCCUGAACGCCCCGUGCAAGCAGUUCACCGGCAGCCUGUGCGAGUUUUACAGCAGGUUCAAAAAGACGUCUGAACACAAGGACAAACUGGAAAUCGUCUUCAUCUCGUCUGAUCAGGACCAGAAACACUGGCAAGACUUUUUGCAGGAGAUGCCGUGGCCGGCGUUACCUUUCAAAGACAGACACAAAAAGAUUGCCAGUGAUGAUUUCCGUUGCACUUCAUAAUGAAGUCCAGGCGUGAAUAAAGGCUUAGGGGAGACGGGGAA